CAUAGUCGUGAGCCUCGCAGAUGAACUGAGGUGGGCUCGCUGAUGAGCUGUGCGUUGUUGAAGCCGGGGUAGCGUGGUGGUAGUGGUGGUGGACUCCCUGAAAAGCUGUGUUUUAUGGAAGCUGGGCUGUGUGGUGGUGGUGGUUGUAGCAGUAGCAGACUCGCUGAUGAGCUGUGUGUUGUGGAAGCGAGGAGGCAUUGUGGUGGUGGCUGUGAACUCGCUGAUGAGCUGUGUGUUGUGGAAGCCAGGCAGCGUGCUGGUGGAGGUGGGAGUGAACUCGCUGAUGAGUAGGCGUUUGCUCUGCACGCUGCUUGAACCCCUCUAAGCGGCGGGCGCUGUGUCAAUGCUGACUCUGUUAACGGUUUGUUCUGCUCGAUUUCCAACCCGCAACGUUGAUCAUGGAUGGCGACGACGAUGAUGAUGAUGAUGACGACGAUGACGAUGAUGACGACGACGACGAUGACGACGACGAGGAUGAUGACCACAACGAUGAUGAUCAUGAUGAUGACGACGAUGAUGACGACGACGAUGACGACGACAAUGACGAUGAUGACCGAAUCGACAGCCGGGUAAGGCAUGUCUCCCGCUGCCGUCUUUGUCUCCCCCAGCUCGUGGCACCGCUCACCAUGUCCCUGAAUGCCACCACGUUGGCCUCGACGCUCGCCAAUGGCACGAGCACGCAAGACAUCCUCAUCCAGAGUGCGGGAGCCAUCACGGCAGCAAUAGUAUUCGGCAUCAUCGUCAUCCUCGCCAUCAUCCUCGCCCUCGUCGUGAAGUUCCACAAGCCGUCCCACGGCGCCUUGAUGACCACGACGAGCCAAUCGUCGCGGCACACCCGCAGCACCACCCACGCGCAGCACCGCGUCAACGGCGGGCCCUACCCCGCCUCCUCCGCCGCCUCCGCGUCAUCGCGACGUCACAACGGCGGCGCCGCCGCCCCCGGCCCGGCGGGGCCGCGCUACAUCACCCCGUACGGCGCGCCGCACCGCAACGGCUCGCUGGCGCGGCCGGGCGGGCUGCUCGACGGCGUCGUCGUCACGCAGCGCUCGCACACCGGCAACUGGGAGCCCGGGCGGUGGCACGGGACCUCGGCGGCGGCGGCGGCGGCGGCGGCGGCGGCGGCCGGAGGCGCGGCGGUCGGCAUGGACGACCUGCCCACCAUCUCGCGCUUCGACGAGCCGGCGACGGGCUUGCCGCGGGCGGGGCACGACGGCGCUUCGUGGGACCGCAGCGGCUCGUCGCUGUCCACCAUCGGCGGGGCGUCGCUCGAGAUGUCGACCAUCAACAGCAUCAAGGACCUCAUCCCGCCGGAUUACCCCAUGGACUGA